AAACGGCUGGUGGAUCACCGCCAUCCCAGGCCUUCAGAUUCAAUUAAUCCCAUGCAAACAACCUCCUCUCUCCACCUCAGGGCGGUCAAUUUCUCUGGAAACCGUGUCCAUAACGUCUUAUUCUUCUUUAAUAAGUUCUACAACGUUUAUUUGCAGUAAUCUACACUGCUGUGUCAACUACUGUCCGGUCGAUCACCCGAAUUGCUUGCCCCUCACGGCUCGACGCCUCCCGCUUUCAGCAGACAGGGACAUACCUGACACCUGAGAUAGAACCACAAUGUCUUCUUACUUCUCGUCAAUCACCUCGUCCUCGGCGAUAUCGAAUCUGGGCACGCGACUCACCUCACUCCGCCGUGCGAUCACGUUGGGCGAUGAGGCCGACGACCCUGACCACGAGGACUGCUCCCACAUCUCCAACGUCCUCCGCGCCUAUUACACCGAGAAAGGACGUCCAUACCCGGCAUGGCUACCAGCUGACCCCAAGGCGCCCGCUCCGCCACCGUCUCGCAUAGUCGCGACUACCCAGAUUCAACCCAGCGCACAGGGUCAGACGCCCGCCAUCGUGACUACCGGAGGACGCGGCGGACUUGGUGAUCUAUGGGGCGACUCGGGCAGCGCACAACCACCUACAUCACAGACAGCCAGUUUGCGUCGGGGACGAGCCGCGGGGGCACCGCUCUCCGCCACACACAGUGCACCCGUCAUGCCUAGUACAAAGCAGCAGAUGUCUUCAUCUUCGGGACCGUCGCCGAUGUUGCAUCCCGAUGGACCACGGCCAUUGCCCAGUCAGCGAGCGGGAUCGAUGCAGUCAGCACCACAGCCGCCGUCUCUGAAUCGGGCAACGUCGGCGCAGGAACGGCUGCGGCAGAGACUGCAUGGGGGACGGUCGCCGAGUCCAAGUCAAAGUCAGAGCCCAGGAAGCAGUCGGGCAGGGUCGCCGUUUUAUGGGGGUGACCCAGCAGCUCGGAAGCCAGUUGGGUCUAGGAUGCGGUAAUUUUUACAGGUAGGGGAGACAAAAGACUUGAAGUAGUGGGGAGGGCAUUGCUGGUUGAUGCCCUUAUAAUUUUGAUAGUCGGAUUGUAUUCUAUCCUAUGGAAGUCAGUGGAUCAAACAAGAUUAAUAAUUUAUUGACAGAAUCAGCACGGCCGCUUUGUUGGUUGAUUGUAUCUAGUUGCACGUACUCCGUAGAGUACUCCAUUAUUCUGACCUUGUACCUGAUAUCCAAUGCAGUGACAAGCUCGUGAGCGCCCACGGUUAGCAUCAGCCAUCCAAAGUAAAACCGUUUGAGGCGUUUCUGUUUGUGGCAAAUGGCAAGUAUAAUGUCUUAGAAGAGGGGAAAGGAUAGCACAUGACUUCGAAAAAAAUCCUGGGGGAGACUGAGACUCCGGGGACGGCGACAGACUUUUCCACCCCCAUCCACGAACCAAAGUCGAAACGAAAAAAAAGCAACACCAUUCAAGGCUAGAAAACACUAAAAUAG